AGUUUUUUACAUUAUUACUUUUAAAUGUUAUUUUGGUUUUACUUCUAUUUUAUUCGAUUUUAUUGUACCUAUAUUAAUUAAAAUAUUUUUAAUAUGUUUAUGUCGAUCUUAGGCUCCUGGAGCAUUACGCAUGCGCCUCUUUCCUUGCCACUCCUCUGGCUUGCCGUAGAAAAGCGAAAGUCAUCCAAUAAGGAGCAUGUCAUAUGCUAGAUUGGUGUCGCUAUGUGCCGCGGCUCCGGGGCUGGCGGGCCUGCUGAGCGGCUCGGUGCUGGCUGCAGGUGAGGGGAAGAAGAAGAGCAGCCAGCCGCCUCUGAGCAUCGAGGAGCUGCCGUCUCUGUACACCAGCCCUGAAGCAGCGGUGGCCCAGUACGUAGAGCCAGAGGCCGGGCCGGUGGAGCAGAGGGUGGCCUCACUGAGGAAAUGGGCAGAACCAUACACGAGCCAGUGUCAGGAAACUGGCCGAGCUGCUUUGGAGAAAGUGGAGCAGGUGUACCAGAGGGUGGAGCCCGUCAUCGGCACAUCAGUAACGACAGUCACAGACGUGUACCAGUUCCUCAGUGACCCUCCUCCUGACCUCUACCCCAGUGUGGCGGCGGUGGGUUUCUCCGGCUUCCUGGGACUUUAUUUGGCCAAAGGCUCCAGGCUGAAGCGGCUGGUGUUCCCAGUUGGCCUCAUGGCCCUGAGCGCCUCCAUGUUUUACCCUCAGCAGGCUGCAACUGUGUUGAAGGUGAGUCGAGACUCGGCGUACACCUGGACCCAGCAGGGCCGCGCCGCUCUGGAGACUCUGUGGAAAAAUCCACCGUUUGGCAAAAAGGAGCCUGAGAAGAAAGAGCAAACGAAGGGCAGCAACACGAGCAGCUGAAGACGGCGAGCCGCUAACACCUGACGGUCGUUACAUGUGAGCUUCACUUUGAAUCUUUCCAAAACACCUCCGCCUCUUCCCAGAAGCAGUUUGGCUCAUUGCACUGGACACCUCCUCCUCUGUAAACAUUCCUUCUUUCUCCUUCGAUGACUCCAGCUCCUCCGGUUUAACAGGUCACAGUGACCUUUCAAAACACUUCCUCGUGCUUUAACGUCCCAUUCUGCUACAGAGACCCACUAAACUCUGCCAACAACAGCAUUCAGAUCAGUCGUUAACACACAUUUUUAUUCAUAUCUGUCAUGAUUUUCUUCUUCUUUUCUCCUAUUUUGAAGUAAACUGAAUAUUUUGACUGUUUGAGCUGGGAUCGACUUCUUUCUUUAGUUUUUACUGUUUAUGUCAGUGAACUUAGACGGCAUAUAUCCCAGAGCUUUGCCUCUGUCCUCUGGAGGAGGAUGUAAACGAAUGAAGUCGUCCCCGAUGUAGUAUUCAGGUCACACUGUGAUUCUUAUAAUCCUGAUUUAAUGCAGUGUUAUUGUGUGCACCCAUCUUCAGGUAUUAAUGAACUGCAUAAUAUCCAUGUCUAACAUUGUACUGUAUAUAUUAUGUGUAAUUAAAUCCAGCAUUUAACACUAAAACUGCAUUUAUUUUUCUCUUUUGAUAGUUACUCAUAAAAAAUGCGUAUUUAAAUUAUUAUUAUGUGAUUACAUCCUUAAAUCUCACCUGUAUGUUGUAGUAAAGAAAAAUAGAUCUCACUGUUUUCACAAAGACAACACAAAGUGCUGAACGGUGCAGUUCCUCUAAUGUCCACUAGAGGCUGGGCCUAAAGGUUAGUCACCUCUCAUGGAUUCCCAUGCACAUCUGUACCACAUCUGUACAUUUAAUUGCUUUAGAGAAACUGUCCAGAGGUGAUUUUAAUUUAAUAAGUUGUCCGUUUGGCUGCUGGUGAGCCUUAAAGUGAACAGCUGUCACUUACAGCUCCACGUAAAUUAGCGGCUUCGCCUCCACCGACAGAAGCACAACAGAAAAACCAAGAGGACGACCUGGACGUUGUCCAGCGUUGUUCUUUCUCACACUGUUGGUGCUGGGAGGUUAAAGACCAGCUAAUGCCCACAGUGACCGUAUGGGAUGUUUGAGUUCUCACUCUAAAAUUAAACUCCGGAGGAAACUAUUACUGGACGAGUUUCCUGUUUCCCGGCCGUCUGUUUCUGAUCCUUUGAUGUUUGAGAGUUCAGGCUGCAGACUCUGGACUCAUCAGCAUGUUUAGCAGGGAUGCUGAACAAUCAAAGCCUCGGAUCAAAGUUUACAUUUCUGUCUAAAAUCAGCUCUGUGUUUCCUUUUGGGGCCCUGCUGCUCUGGGCGGGUCCAUGAAAUGUGACAAAUAUAAAACUGAAGCAGUUCCAUAUUUAUUCAUACAGAAAAUAAUCAUUGUGGGCCUGAUGGUGGGGCUUUAAUUGCUCUCAAUUGCAGUUCUUUUUAUGCAAAAGCUUUAAACAAAUUAAUAUUUCCCUCAAAAUCUGACUUGAAAUACAUCAAAUUUCAAGUCAGAUUUUUGAGUGGAUUCUAGUUAUUGCAGUUACAUAAAACCAGCAACACAAACCCUCAAAAACAAACAGGUCGGGUUUAUUUCAAAACGAUUGCUGACCAGAGUGCUGCGCGAGUUCUUGAGAAAUAUGUUUUUCUGUUUUAUGAGAAACGCAAACAUCAGCCUUUCUGUGACGUCGAAGCUGAUGUUUGCUCUUAAGCAUCAAUUCAAAGUGAGCAGGUCAGAUGUGAAGCUGUAGACUCUCACAGAGCCAAUAAAAGCUGGUUUUAUUGCUACGCUAACUUUAGUAUUUAUAACUAAGGCAUGCAAAAUUUUACCUCAGUACUUUUUAUAUUUUUGAAAUUACAGGUCAUGAAAAUACACGAUGCUUUCAGCAUUUUUAAGUCCCGUAACUACAGGCGAUAUCUACAUGAAAUUUUCAGGGCUAAAGAUUUGCAGCCAAAUUAGCUUCAGGUCACUGGUGUCCUGCAGGUUUUAGAUGUGUCCUUGAUCCAACACAGCUCAUUUAAAUGGCUAAAUGAGCUCUUCGACAUGUC